AAAUGUAAAAAUUGUUUUUUUUUUUGUAAAAUCUGGAAACAAAGAAAGAAGAAGAUUUUUUUUCUUUUUGAUAAGUAAGGAAAGAAGAAGAUGAGAGAGAAGGAGACAGAGAAUUAAAUUAGAGGUGUAUAGGGGAGAGACUGAGAGAGAGAGAGAUUAUUAAGGUUAUGGCGGCGUUGCAGAGCGCGAGAAAGGUGAUUAAACAUCUCUCUGAUCUCUCUUCUUCUUUCCCUUUCUCUCUGUGUGUUUCUUAAAUACUCUUUUCCCCCUUUUUUUAAAUAUUCACUCUUCUCUCGUACCGACAAACGAGCUCUGCCUUUACCUGACCCUUAAAAGCUACUCAACUUCAAUACACUCCAAACUCAGAGAAUGAAUUCUUCUACCUAAACCCUAGUAACCCUCUUACUCUCAAUAGUCUCGAAGAUCUAGAGGGAGAAAAUUAAGAGAGAGAGAGAGAGAGAGAGAGAGAGAGAGAGAGAGAGAAAGAGAGAGGAUCUUUAGAGCGUGGUAUAGUAUAUAUGGAUAGUGGUCGUGUUGCGAGUGAAUGGCCGGGUUUUUCUCGUUAGGCGGUGGAGGAGGAGGCGGAGGGGGAGGAAACAGCCAAGAAGAACACCGGAAUCCUCCUCCGCCUGUAUCAGAGGCUUGGCUCUGGUACAGAAACCCUAACACAAACGCAAACGCUCCUUCCUCUUCAAACGCUGCUUUAGGCACACUUGAGCUAUGGCAAAACCACAAUCAGCAAGAAAUCAUGUUCCAGCAUCAACAACAUCAACAAAGGUUAGAUCUUUACUCCUCAGCUGCUGGUUUAGGAGUCGGACCAAGCAACCAUAGUCAAUUCGAUAUCUCCGGCGAAACCUCAAACGCCGCCGCCAGGAGAGCAGUGGCGCUCAUGAUGAUGCGGAGUGGCGGAAGCGGCGGAGGAGGAAACGGUGCCAGCUGUCAAGACUGUGGGAAUCAGGCGAAGAAAGACUGUGCUCACGUUAGGUGUCGAACUUGCUGCAAGAGCCGUGGCUUCGACUGUCCUACUCACGUGAGGAGCACGUGGGUUCCUGCCGCAAAACGCCGUGAGAGACAACAUCAGCUAGCCACGGUUCAGCCUCAAACGCACCAGCCACGCACGCACCAGCCACGCGGUGACAGCGGCGUACCCAAACGCCAACGUGAGAACUUACCAGCAACUUCUUCUGCUCUUGUCUGCACUCGCAUACCUACCCACAACGCUUCAGGUUUAGAGGUUGGAGAUUUCCCGGCGGAGGUGAACUCACCGGCAGUGUUUAGAUGCGUGCGAGUGAGCUCAGUGGAAGAUGGAGAAGAAGAGCUUGCUUACCAAACAGCCGUAAGCAUCGGUGGUCACAUCUUUAAAGGCGUUCUCUACGACAAGGGUCCUGGAAGUAGCGGCGGCUACAACGCAAUCGCCACGGGUGAGAGCUCUUCUGGUGGCGGAGGAGGACACCAGCUGAAUCUCAUAACAGCUGGAUCUAUGACGGUCGCAACGGCUUCUUCCUCCACUCCAAACGCCGGUCGUAUAGGCAGCUCCUCCGCGGCGGCUUACAAUGAUCCAUCCUCUCUUUAUCCAACUCCGAUUAACACUUUCAUGCCCGGUACACAGUUCUUUCCUAACCCAAGAUGGAUCCCGCAGAAGAGAGAAGAGAGACAAAGAGGCAAAAGGAGUACAUCAACAUGCUAGGAUACGUGGCCGAUUCAGAAUACGGGAUUCCGAGAAGGUGUGCGUGCGGUGGGAGAAUGAUUGACGAGGUUCGGGGGAACGAGGAGUACGACACUCUUCCUGGGAAGCGCUUCUUCACCUGCAAAAACUACGAGGCUGAUGGGUUACAUUAUCGUCAGCCUUGGGUGAUAGGUGUCCAGGAGGAGAUCAAACACCUCAUUAAGCGGGUGGAGGAGGCUGAGCAGGUGAUCACGGGGGUGCCGAAUCUCAAUAAACAGAUUGAGAUACUGGAGGAACAUGUCACAAUCCUCAGUGGGCAGGUUGAUAACCUCACUGUGCAGGUCGCUGACUUGGAGAAGGUCUGCUUCGAAUGAAAACC